GUGAGGUUUCUACAAUUGUGAAAAAGGAGUUCAUUUGAUGAUAUUUCCAAUUUCAUUUUCUGGAAAUCAUAUAUAGAAUCUCUCUCGCGCACUAACACACAGGAGUAGAGAGAGAAGGGAAGAGAGGGAGAGAGGGAGAGAUGGAGAGGCGGCAGAAGAAGCAAGUGCUGCUUUUCUACUGUGUGGAGGCUGAAGAAUUGGCGCGCAAGGUUGCUGCUCACUCGGACCUCGUUCAGCUCCAAUCCAUCAACUGGAGGAGUUUUGAUGAUGGAUUUCCAAAUCUCUUCAUUAAAAACGCCCAUGAUAUCCGAGGCCAGCAUGUUGCGUUUUUGGCAUCUUUCAGCUCGACUUCAGUCAUAUUUGAACAGCUUUCUGUCAUCUAUGCACUUCCUAUGCUGUUCGCUGCCUCAUUUACAGUGGUGUUACCUUUCUUUCCAACUGGUUCCUUUGAACGAAUCGAAGAGGAAGGUGAUGUUGCAACAGCAUUUACCUUGGCUAGAAUGCUAUCAAAUACUCCUAUCUCGAGGGGUGGUCCGACCAGUUUAGUUAUCUAUGAUAUACAUGCUUUGCAGGAAAGAUUCUAUUUCAGUGAUACCAUUUUGCCUGUAUUUGAGACUGGGAUCCCACUUUUGAAGCAACGGCUUCAACAACUUCCAAAAUCAGAUAAGAUUGUUGUUGCAUUUCCAGAUGAUGGAGCUUGGAAAAGAUUCCACAAGCUGUUGGAUCAUUUUCCCAUGGUCAUCUGCAACAAGGUACGUGAAGGAGACAAAAGAAUAGUUAGGAUAAAGGAGGGUGAUCCUGCUGGUUGUCAUGUUGUCAUUGUUGAUGACCUGGUGCAAUCUGGUGGUACUUUAAUUGAAUGUCAGAAAGUUUUGGCAGCUCAUGGUGCGGCAAAGGUAAGUGCUUACGUCACUCAUGGUGUAUUUCCAAAGAGGUCAUGGGAGCGGUUUGUUCACAAGAACGAAGAGUCGGAGAAAGCGUUCGCCCACUUCUGGAUCACGGAUUCAUGCCCCAGUACUGUGAAAGCCAUCGCCAGCAAAGCUCCUUUUGAAGUGUUGAGUCUUGCGGGAUCUAUAGCCGAUGCUCUCCAAAUCUAACGGUUUCUAGGUGUUAAGCAGUCAUAUUGGACAUAGGAGUUGAGUAACUGCUUGCUGGGAACUUAAGAUUGGUGCCCUCGAACCCAUGUACUGUGGCACCUGACAUUCCCAUUGGCAAUUUCGCCAACUCAAAGUACAAAGAUGCUAUAUUUUCUUACAUAUAAGGGGUGUCAUGUCUGAGCUUUGUUAUGCAUGGUCGACUUUUUCUCCUCCCAUGAUGUUUUAACCUGAAUAACUUUCUUUGAAGGCGUUGAAUUCAAGCUACAACCAGUAUUUCGUA